CUCAUGGACAUUAAUGAACAAAAUAAUAAAUUCGAGGUUUAUACACCCUCCCAUUUUAUACAUAACAUAUGUAACUGCAUCCAUAUCGAACACAAAAACUUGAUGAUUAAUUUUAUCGAUUGUCGAAUAUUGAUCAUUCGAUUAUGAUAUAUGAUGAUAAUCAAAUCUGAGUCUGAGCUUUAUGUGCGUUGUUGUUAUAGAAAAAUUGCAUUCAAUUCAUUCAUUUCAAACGUUUGAACAAUAAAAAGAGAUGAACAAUUCAUUGGAAACACGAAAACAAUUGAUACACAAUUUUAAUGGUCCUGUUUGUGCCGUUGCCACUGCUUUUGAUGAUGAUGAUGGCCAAUUGAAUACAAAUCAAAUUGUUGAUUAUGCUCGACACUUAGUCAAUAUCGGCGUAAAAGGGGUCUACAUUUUGGGCACUACGGGUGAAUCAUUUGCAUUGACAUUUGAAGAAAAAUGUCAACUAAUCAAUGCCUGGCAUGAAGCAUUGAUACAAUUGGAUCAAGAAGAUAAACAUCUUUUGGCCAUUGUAAAUGUAUCGGCAAUGUCGAUAAAAGAAUCCGAACCAUUGGCCAGAUUAGUAUCAAUGCAAUUGAAUCGUUUCAAUGGCAUUGCAUUGUUGGCACCAAUUUUCUACAAAGUCGACAAUGCUAAUCAAUUAGUGUCGUAUAUUGGAUCGAUUCUGAAUAAAACGGAUGGUCAAAUUCCAUUUCUUUAUUAUCAUUUUCCCGAUAGAACUGGCCAACAGAAUUUUGAACUGGAAUCGUUUGUGGAAAAAGCCAUGGAAUGUUUACCACAAUUUUCGGCCAUAAAAUUUACCGAUACAAAUAUUGUUCGUAUGGGUAAAAUUCAACGGAAAUUUGGUGAUAAAAUUAAAAUUUUUGCCGGCUAUGAUGAGACUUUAUUGGCAGCACGAAUUACAUUGAAUAUCGAUGCUGGUAUAUGUGCUACAUUCAGUCUUGAAAAUUGUGUCCAAUAUUAUCUUUCAAUAUUGGAUUCAGUGGAUAAAGGAGAUUUGAUACGAGCACAACAGAAUCAACAAAUGUUGGCCAAAACUUGUGAACAAUUACAAAUGGAUGGAAAUUUUUUUCAUUCAUUAAAACAACGUUUGAAUCAAGAAUUAUCAUCAAAAGGAUUACAAUUCGGCAAUGCACGUUCACCAGUUUGGAUUCAAUUAAAGAAUUGAAGAAAAAAUA